AAAAAUAGAAGAGAAAAACAGAAAUACAGGUCAAAAACAAAGGAAACUCCUCUGCUUCACCGGCACGAUGAAGCAUCUCAUCCUAAUCGGAGCCUGCUACCUAGAUACCAUCUUGAGCGUACCGCACUGCCCAGAAGAAGACGAAAAGCUACGAGCAUCGAGCCUCUGCAUUCGCCGAGGAGGCAACUGUCCCAACUCACUCGAGGUGCUGCAGCAGCUCGUCCAGCCUCAACAAGAUGCUGUCCGCAUGUACUUGAUAUCGCCUCUGCCAAGCAAAUUAUCGCCGGCUACGCAGCGCAUUAAGGCUUCAUUUGGUGAGUCGUCACCCGUGAGCCUUGAGCACAGUCUUUACCGAGAGACGCACACGGAAGCCGCCAGCAGUUACAUCAUCCGUAGCGAGCAGACGGGAAGCCGUACGCUCGUAAACUACAAUGACCUACCAGAAAUGACAAUCGGCGAGUUCCAGGCAGUCGUGCGGAAAUUCAGCCCCGACGACGAGACCUGGUGGCACUUUGAAGGCCGCAUUCCGCAUACUACGUUAGAGUGCGUCCGCACGCUGCGUGAUAAGCUCCCAAACGCGCAAAUCAGCGUCGAAGUCGAGAAGCCAGGGAGGGACGGUCUUCGCGCGCUCGCUGCCGAAGCCAAUGUCGUCUUCUAUUCUAAGUCCUGGGCAGAGAGCUCUGGUCAUGGGUCUGCCGAAUCGUGCCUCAUGAGCGAGAAGCAGCGGAAAGCAUCCCUUGCCUUCUGCACUUGGGGUGCAGGGGGAGCCGCCAUGUGCCAGUUCCCCAAACAACAGGUCGUCCACUGUCCCGUGGAAAGCCGCGCAAAGUCCGUUACUGUCGUCGAGUAGGUUACAUCCGGCGAGGGUCAUUUCAUUGCCCUUUUCCCUUUUCCCUUCUUUUUUCCCGUGCCGUCCUCCCCAUUUGGCUGGAUAUGAUUGCCACGACUCAACCUGGCUAGUCUUUUGCGCAUACCACGGCUAGCAACACAGAGCGGCAUUGAAGCACCGCAGCAGCUGACACGUCUUCGUCUAGCUCG